UAGUUCAGUACUGCGCCAAACAUCACUAAAAACAAACGGAACAUUUAGCUCACAGCGGAAAAUUAAUAUUUAUUUCACAAAAUGGGCGAACGUUAUAACAUACACAGUCAAUUGGAGCAUCUGCAGAGCAAAUACAUUGGCACAGGACACGCGGAUACCACCAAAUUUGAGUGGUUAACCAAUCAACACCGCGACUCAUUGGCCAGCUAUAUGGGACACUACGAUAUGCUCAAUUAUUUUGCCAUCGCCGAAAACGAAUCCAAGGCGCGUGUGCGGUUUAAUUUAAUGGAACGCAUGUUGCAGCCGUGUGGACCGCCGCCGGAAAAACUAGAAGAUUGAACAGUAAUAAAUAAAAAAGUAAAUAAAUGUAAGAACCAA